UGACAUUUCAUCGCCAACGUUGUGUGCUCCGAAUAGACGUAUCCUUGUCGCGCACGCCCUAGAUCUGGGCAGCAGAAAAUUUCGAGUCUACGGAGGAAUGACACGCUAGUCAAGAUAGAACAUUCGAAAUUCUUUAUCAGAUCGCUUAUUUCACUCGGGACUCGAGAAAGAGCACUUGUUCAUGUUGCAUCUCGGAUAAGGUAGCAUCGGAAAGAAUCUUAUGCGGCAAGCGAUUGACAGAAAACAUGGCCACUGAGAACCGUUCAACCGGCAAGAAGGUCAAGGGUAUGUUUCCGAGCCUCGACCGCCGUCGUGACUAUACAUGCGCCUUGAGCUAACUUCCUUGGCUUCACGAAGCCUUCUUCCUUGGCAAUGAGGCAACUUCAAAAGAAGAAAGACGUCUUGUGCAGAAAAUAGGUAGGCACUCCCAUUAUCUCUGCAUUAGAAGACGAUGAAUCUGACUAAUACGCCCCAGACUUCUUUAUCUUGACAUACUGCUGCCUUAGCUACUUCUUCAACUACCUUGGUGGGUGAUGGUUGCCUCAUAUCGACUUUGAAGAAGGGACCGUGACACUGACAAUGGACGGAACCAAAAGACCGUGCUGCUUUUGCCAAUGCUUAUGUGAGUUUCGACACUGAGAAUGAGUAGACCAUUGAGUAGAACUGACAGGCUCACUCUAGGUUGCUGGCCUCCGCGAGGCCUUGCACAUGAAGGGUCAUGACUAUAACACAGUCCUUUCGGUAACCACUGCUGGUAUGGUGGUGGGCCAGAUUCCUCAUGGCAUCAUCAUCGGUCUCCAAAUCGUCCGGCCGCGAAUCUGGCUGCCUUCGAUGUGCUGUCUCUGGGCGUUCCUGACUAUGGCUAGUGCAGGCGUCAAGAAUACCGCUCAGCUCUGCGUUAUCCGCUUCUUCCUCGGCUUGGCGGAGGCUAGCACCUACUCGGGAGCCAUCUACAUCAUGGGCUCCUGGUACAAGCCUGAAGAAAUCUCGAAGCGCACGGCCAUCUUCACCGCAUCAGGUCAGGUAGGCACCAUGUUUGCCGGCGUCAUGAUGGCUGCCAUUUACAAGGGAUUGGGCGGCCUUGCCGGUCUUGGUGGUUGGCAGUGGGUCUUCAUCAUUGAUGGCAUCAUUACGCUUCCCAUCGCGAUCUUCGGCUUCUUCUACUUCCCGGAUAUCCCUGAAAACACCAGCGCUCGGUAUCUCAGUGACUCCGAGAAAAAGAUUGCCGUUGGACGUUUGCCUCCAGUCAUCAAAGGGUCGCACGGAGUCAACCCGUUCUCUCUAUUGAAGCGUCUAGUACUCAUGCCUACCUUCUGGGUUUUGGUGCUGUGGUCUCCGAUUUGCGCUACACUCGAGGCCUGGGUUGUCCAGGGUAACUUCAUCCUUUGGCUCAAGUACCACGCCGAAUCCUUCACUCAGAGCCAAAUCAACACCUAUCCCUUGGGUGUGCAAGCAGUCGGCAUCGUUACUAAUAUCAUGGCGGCAUGGCACAUGGAUGCGACCGGAACCCGAGUACCCAUGGUCGUGCUGGUUUGUCUCAUCCAGAUCGUCUGCGCCGCGAUGCUCCUCGUUCCGAAUCUGCCUUACGCCGGUACCAUGUUCGCAUUCUACGCAUCGGGUUCGUCGUACAUGGUCAAUCCGUUGAUCUUUGGCUGGGCCAGCAUCAUUCUCCAACGGAGUGGCGACGAGGCGGUGCGCAGCGUGACGGUGUACGCUAUGAACAUUGGCGCCACCACGCUUUACACCUUCUGGGGCAUCGUUUUCUAUGCGGCCGAUGAAGCCCCGUAUUGGAAGAAGGGUGCGAUUGUUAUGAUUGUGUGCAGCGUCAUCGUUCUCUGCUUCAUGGGACUCGUCAUCAGGAUCGAUAAGCAAUCACUUGCAAAAUAUGGCUCAAUGACGGUGGAAGACUUCGAGCGAGCCGCCGCGGCUCGGGACACGCAGACGCCACCUGAUGGAGAGAGAUCCGAUGAGAACGAGGAUCAAAAGAACACAGUUUCGGAGAAAGUGACGCCAAUCUGAGUUUGAAUAAGACUUGGCGAUAUUUGGUCUAGACCUUUUAGUAUAUCACCGGGUAGUGUCGGACCAGACGAAGCUUUCGAUACUUUUGCUUUUCCGGUUGCUGUAGUUAAUCAACAUGUACCAUUGAGAGAACCAAACUACCUACUUACUCAUGAC